AUGUCGGACGACAAUAUCAGCGACAAACAUGAGACCUCCACGGCGGAGAUGCUCCGCCGUUAUCAAACCGCGGACAGUGUCUUACUUCCUAUUCCACGCGAUGCCUUUGAAAAAUUAUACCUCAGCCCCAAGACUCCAAAUGCGGGCAAGCUGCGAUCUACUUUUGGAAAUCCCACGCCGAUCUGCUUGAUGGGUUUCUUGCUUGCUGCAACCCCAACGGCAAUGCUUACCAUGGGCUGGAGAGGGGCAGGUGGAAAUGGCGGUGCCAUUAUACCGGUCUAUAUCUUUUUCGGGGCAAUGGUGCAGAUAUUUGGCGCAAUUGGAGAAUGGAUUCUGGGAAAUACAUUUUCUUGUGCUCUGUUCUUCACGUAUGGCACUUUUUGGCUAGUUCAGGGUACAUCGCUUAUGCCAUUUUUCGCGGUUGGCACAAUGUACUCACCCACGGGUAACACAUUGGAGGGCAUGCAAACCGCCGAAUACAGCGCUACAGUCGGACUCUACUACGUCUCCCUCGCAAUCCUCACCUUCAUCUAUUUAAUCUGCUCCAUUCGCACGAAUGUCUGCCUCUUCCUUGCGCUAUUUUUGCUUGUGAUCACCUUUGGGCUGUUUGCAGGAACCUAUUUCCAAAUGGCAUUGGGUAAUCUUGUUCUGGCUGCCAAACUACAAAAGGCCGCGGGCGCUUUUAAUUUCGCACUCUGCCUCCCGAUCUGGCAUAUCUUCAUUGCACAAAUCCUUGACGCCGUUGAUUUCCCGGUUUCACUACCUGUAGGUGAUUUGAGUACAGUCAUCCUUGGAAAAAGUCAGAAGGCGCGCAAGCGUGAGGUUGAAGGACAGAAUUAG